AUGACAAGGCAUUAUACAAGCAGAGGUGUACGGAGGAAAACAAUCCUGAAGCACAAACCUUUCCACUCGGACAUUCCUCCUCCUGCUGCUGCUGCUGUUUUGACUCUUUCACGAUGUGGUUUUACAGCUUUUUACUGGGGUUGGACCUGAAGGGGAUACUAUUGUUUUGUUUUCUCUUCCUACUGAUAGCAGACUUCCUCAGAAACAGGAAUCCUCCAAAUUAUCCCCCAGGACCACUGGGUCUCCCAUUUGUGGGGAAUUACUUCAGUUUGGACCAACAUCUACACUUGUAUUUUAGCAAGUUGGCUGAUGUCUAUGGAAAUGUGUUCAGCGUCCGCCUCGGUGGUGAAAAGAUGGUGGUCGUGUCUGGGUGCAAGAUGGUGAAGGAAGCCAUAGUGACACAGGCCGAGAACUUUGUCGAUCGACCGCACAGUGAAAUUGCUGAAAGGUUUUACUUAGGAUCCACAGGUGGUCUGUUCACGAGCAAUGGUGAAACAUGGAAGAAACAGCGGCGGUUCGCCUUGUCCACCUUACGAAACUUUGGUUUUGGUAAAAGUGUCACGGAGCAGAGCAUCUGUGAAGAGAUCCGAUACCUUCAAGAGGAGAUAGAGAAUGACAAAGGUGAGCCUUUCAGCCCAGCAGGCCUCUUCAACAAUGCUGUAUCCAACAUCAUUUGCCAGCUUGUGAUGGGGAAACGGUUUGACUACAGCGACCACAAUUUCCAAAUGAUGCUGAAGUACUUGUCUGAAGCUAUCUGGCUGGAGGGAUCAAUGUGGGGUCAUCUCUAUGAAUCUUUUCCCAGUGUGAUGAAGCACUUGCCAGGCCCUCAUAACAGAAUAUUCAGCAACUAUGGAACCAUCCUGGACUUCAUCGGUCAAGAGGUACAGAGGCACAAGAAGGACCUGGACCCCAACAAUCCACGCGACUACAUUGACAGUUUCCUCAUUGAAAUGGAGAAUCACAAAGAAUCUGAUCUGGGCUUCAAUGAGACCAAUCUGGCUAUGUGUUCUCUGGAUCUGUUUCUGGCUGGAACAGAAACUACCUCCACUACUUUGCAGUGGGCUUUGAUUCACCUCAUCAAAAACCCUGACAUCCAGGAGAAAGUCCAGGCGGAGAUAGACAGUGUGAUCGGACAAAUCCGCCAGCCCACUAUGGCGGACAGACCAAACCUGCCCUACACUGACGCUGUCAUCCAUGAGAUCCAAAGGAUGGGAAACAUUGUUCCUCUCAAUGGAUUAAGAAGGGCUGCCAAAGACACAACUCUUGGCGGUUACUUCAUACCCAAGGGAACUUCCCUGAUGCCCACGCUGACCUCUGUGCUGUUUGACAAGACUGUAUGGGGGACUCCAGACACUUUUAACCCAGGACACUUUCUAGAUGCUGAUGGAAAGUUUGUAAAGAGAGAAGCAUUCCUUCCUUUCUCUGCAGGGAAACGUGUGUGUCUCGGAGAAGGGCUGGCCAAGAUGGAGCUGUUCCUGUUUUUGGUGGGCUUGUUUCAGAAGUUCUCAUUCUCUGCUCCUGAUGGAGUAGUGUUAAGUACAGAGGGAGCUAUUGGAGUCACAAAUGUACCGCAACCCUUCAAGGUUUGCGCCAAAGUUCGCUGAAUUGUGCAGCAUCAAAUUUUCCAUCUAAACAGAUUUAUGUAAGAUGUAACAGCGACCUCCUUUACAUGCUAUUAUAAAUAAAUAACAAAUCAUUUGAAAAUAAUUCAUCAACAAAACAUUUAAUUGUAAAUAAUUGAAAUGUAAAAUAUUUCAAACUGUGCUGGAUUUAAAAAUGUCUUCCUCUGGCACCAUCUGGUGGUAAUAACAAGAAUGAUCAAGUAAUUCUACGCUGGUGGUUCUGACCCUAGCACACAGACUACACCAGUUUUCAUCAAAAUGAUCACAUUUCCAGGAAUUAAAGCAAGAAAAAAGUAAGAAAAGCAAGUUAGGGGCCUCAAGCUGAUCCAUAACAGUCUUCUCUGCUUCACAAUGUGGAUGUGUGGUUUGUUGCUGGGACUUGACCUCAGGAGUGCUGCUUUUUAAAUUUGCUGUUCCCCUCAUAGUGUAUUUUCUGAACAAAAAUGAUCCACCUAACUUUCCUCUGGGACCACCGACUCUCCGUCUCUUAGGAAAUGUUGCCAGCAUUGACCCUAUCUUUCUGACACCAGAAUACCAAAUGCUUUAGAACAAGUCUAUGUGUUGCUGUUGUGGAGGCUGAUCCAGUCAUUUCUGACGAACUCAUGAGUACAACUGUGUCUGAACUGGUUAAUUGGGAGAUGUUGAUUUAAUGACUUAAACUGCUCAUCUACUGAGUGUUACAUAAUAAUACUGACUCGAUCAUCUAUUAAUAUGAAGCCACACAAGUUCAUGAUAUGUUAUGCAUCAAUACAUCCUUUAUAUCACAAUGUCUUUUGUGUUAAUUAUAAGUUUUAAAUUUUUUUCUGUAAGGAUACUGAUGUUUUGAACUCUGACAUACAGAUAGUCCUGUGAACUUUGGGUCUAUAAAUGACACCUAAAGUCAAGGCUGUUAAGCUUCAGCUGACUAAUAUAAUAAGUGUUGUGUGUUUUUUAGCCAUCAAUUGUUUGUCAUAUUACUUAAUCUGUCUCAACAUCAAUAAUAAAUUCCCUGAAAUAUC